AUGGAAGAGAAGAUUUUCAUGGUCAGAGUUGCUGAAUAAGCUGAGAGAUUCGAUGACAUGUACAACUUCUUGAAGGAGGUCGUCGCUCAGAAAGACUCAGACUUCACUACUGAGGAGAGAAACCUCUUGAGCGUUGGAUUUAAGAACUUGAUCGGAGCAAACAGAACAGCAAUCAGAACCAUUGGCGCUAUCGAGUAGAAUCCAAAGUAUCAGAAGUUCGCCGAUGCUCUUGGCAAGUACAAGAAGAAGAUUGAGGAAGAGUUGUUCAACCAAUGUUUGAGCAUUGUCAACCUUGUCAAGGAAAAGUGCUUGAAACUCGCUAGCAACGGUGAGUCAAAGGCAUUCUUCCUCAAGAUGGCUGGUGAUUACUAUAGAUACGUCGCUGAAUCCGCACAUGGAGACAAACUCACCGAAGUCAAGAACGGUGCCCUCGAGUACUACAACCAAGCCUCCGAGAUCUCCAACAAAGAACUAGGUGCCUGCAACCCAAUUAGACUCGGACUUGCCUUGAACUUCUCAGUCUUCUACUACGAGGUCAUGAGCGAUCACAAGAAGGCCUGCGAACUAGGAGAAACCGCACUAUAGAGUGCCCUCGACAAGAUUGAUGAGUGCGACGAGGAGACCUUCAGAGAUGCCAAAUCCAUCAUCGAACUUCUCAAGGAGAAUCUCUCCCUCUGGAAGGAAGAAGAAGGUGACGGUGGCAAUGAAAUUGAAGAUUUGUGA